UAUCUAAAAAUAAUGAAAUUUGUUCCCAAAAAUAAAUCUGAAAUUACAUAUAACAAUAGUACUAUAAUAACUUGGAGAAAUCUUUCAGCUUAUACAAUUAAUUAUGAUCGACAAGUUCAUAAGCAAGUCAUUCAUAAUGUCAAAGGAAUGUUAAAAUCAGGAGAAUUAACAGGAAUCUUAGGCGGAAGUGGUUCUGGAAAAAGUUCUUUAAUGUCUGCCCUUGCCUGCCGAUCUCCAA